CUGUUCGGGAUGGCGAUCGCAUCGCAGGAAAUGUUCCAAAUUUGUCGGUUUUGCUUGUGCCAGGACGAAGCAUUACUGAUUCCACUAGAGGAUAUAUUGGAUUUCACUCUAGCCUUCCAAGAUGUAAGCGCGGUUACGGGAUUAGAGAUAAAUGAGGACAACAUAGCAUUAUACGCCAUGUGCUUGGAAUGUACAAACAAAUUGAAAAGCUCUGUCGCAUUCCGGGAAGCCUGUCGAAGCAAUGAGUCUCACUUUCAAGAGCUAUGCGCUGUGUUGUUUGCCAGCUUUAAAGAGUCACGUAUCAAAAUUAUCGACACAAUCGAGUUGUCAGACAGCUCUGAUGAAUCGAUAGAUUUUGACCUUAACACACGCAACGUAAAUUUCGACGAUUCUCCUGAAAGUUCACAAAGCAAUGACGACCCCCUGCAAAUUGCAAAAUUAACAGAAGGGCGUGAAGAAACUGCUCAAAGAAGUUUUCAAUUCUCGUACUGUGCCAAUUACAUACAACCUGGAGAAAUCGUACUUUCCGAGGAUGAGGAUGUCAUGGAUAUUAUUGACUGGGAUAGCAGCUUAAAUCCUACCGUCCCAACGCCAAUCAUACAUUUACGUGAAAAAGGAAAGCGCAAAUACCACCUUUGUGACAUAUGUGGCCAAAUGGUUAAACACAUUCCAAGUCAUGUUCAUGUUCAUAAAGAGGAAUACAUAUACAGUUGCCCGCAUUGUCCAGUGAAAGCAAAAAAAAGGGGCUCGUUAAAUGAACACAUCAAAACUGUGCACUUGAAAAAAAUUAAGAAGACGUGCGACGUAUGCGGCAAAGGAUUCGUUCAUCACAAAACGUAUAGAUAUCACAUGCUUACUCAUCAAGAUGAAGGAAAAACCAUCGAAUGCAAGGAUUGUUCGAAAACGUUUUCGAAUUCUAUAUACUUGAGGGAUCAUUUCAACAGACUUCACAAUGCGGGCAAAAUAAUUCAAAAGAAAGGUACAGGAGAGCGGAUUGGAAGCCCAUAG